UAAAAAAUCAAUCAAGCAGACGAUAGUAAUAAUUAAAAUGAUUCUAGAUAAAUAAAAAUAAUAUAGACUAUGGUGUGUUGUGUAUAUAGUGAGUUUGUUUUGCCAUCACCACUUUUCAUCCUCUGUUCCUCGUGGCUGCGGCGAGUCCCUAAGUCCGUAAAGAACGGUGCCUUAAUCCACGAUUCAAGAUGGUUAGGGUGGACAAGCCAACUUGGAAAGCUAACUACUUUACCAAGAUAACCCAGCUGUUUGAUGAGUACAGUCGUUGCUUCAUCGUGGGUGCUGACAAUGUGGGCUCCAAGCAGAUGCAGGAGAUCCGCAUGGCCCUGCGUGGGUGUGCCGUUGUGCUCAUGGGCAAGAACACCAUGAUGCGCAAAGCCAUCCGUGGACACUUGGAGACCAACCCCAACCUUGAGAAGCUCCUUCCUCAUAUUGUCAACAAUGUGGGCUUUGUCUUCACCAAUGAGGACCUGGUGGAUGUGCGUGACAAGCUGCUGGCCAACAAGAAGAAGGCUCCUGCUCGUGCUGGAGCUAUUGCUCCAUGCCCUGUGACCAUUCCCAACCAGAACACCGGCCUGGGACCUGAGAAGACUAGCUUCUUCCAGGCCCUGCAGAUCCCAACCAAGAUCUCCAGGGGUACCAUUGAAAUUGUGAAUGACGUGCAACUGGUGAAAGAGGGAGACAAGGUGGGUGCCAGCGAGGCCACGCUGCUCAACAUGCUGAACAUCUCUCCCUUCACCUAUGGCCUUGUAGUACAGCAGGUGUACGACCAGGGCACCGUGUUCUCUCCUCGUGUCCUUGACAUCACCGAUGAGGACCUGAUGAAGUCGUUCCAGGAUGGACUGGCUAAGGUGGCUUCACUGUCACUCUCCAUUGGCUACCCAACCAUCGUGUCGGUGCCCCACUCCAUCGUCAAUGGCUUCAAGAAACUGCUGGCUCUUGCUGCAGCCACUGACAUCACCUUCAAGGAGGCAGAAACACUGAAGGAAUUCCUGGCAGAUCCUAGUAAGUUUGCUGCUGCUGCUACUGCUGCACCUGCUGCUGCUGCUGCUGUUGCAGAAGCCCCGAAGGAGCAAGCCAAGGUUGAGGAGGAGGAAGAGGAGUCUGAUGAAGACUUCGGCAUGGGUCUCUUCGACUAGUGUGGUCAGACAUCUUCUGGAGUCGAUCACUAAUAAAACAAAAAAAUGAAA